CUAUAUAAUUUGAAGUAAAAUUUGUAUCAAAAUAUGCAAAAGAGCAGAAAUUACAACAUCCUUAAAUUAACACACACACAUACACAUGUAACAUUACACAUUAACAUUACUUUUUUGUUUGUAAUAGAAUCAAUAGAAUCAAUAGAAAAUGAAAUAACAGAUUGUGAAGACGAACCAACAAAGAAAAAACGUAAAAUACAGCACAUCUACAGUUUGAAAGAAAAAAAUACGGAUAAAAAUGUUGAAGCAGAAAAUAGGCUGAAAUCUAUGUUGCCAGAAACUCCAGCGAAAAACGUCGAAAGUAAUGUAACAAGUAUAUUUUCUUCUACACAUGAAACAUCUUCAAAUGCGAUGAAAUAUCUCAAAUGCAUAUUAUCCGAUAUACAAGGAAUAAAACAUGACCAACAAAUUAUAAAAAAUCACUUGUGGAAUAUAAAAGAUACAUUUGAACAGUAUUUAAUACAACAAAACCAUGAAAGUGAAAACGUACUGGUGCAUUGGACAAAAACAAAUAAUAUUCAAUGGCCACUAAAAACUAAAGAAGAUUAUGAUACUUUAAAUAACCCAUUACAAAAUGAAGAAAUCCGCAAUGAUUUUGGAAAGGUGAAUAUAUGUCUGGAUUAA